AUGUUCCGCCACCACCUGGCAAAGAGCAUUGUGGACCACGAUGAGAACGUCCGCGCUUUGGCCCUGGAGGGCAUUUCCUCGGUCCUCCGCAGAGGGGAUCAUGAUGCAGGUAACUCGGUGGCCGCACACCUGAAGGACUGGCGCGGCGGCGUGCGACGCACUGCUGUAGAUGCCUUGGCACGGCUUUUCGCAGGCGGCUCUGCACCAGAGUCCGUGCUGCGCAAGCUCGCAGACCAUGUGCAGGACCAGGACAUCGAGGUCCGACAGGCCACAGCCCGCGUGCUGCCCUCCAUCUCCCCCGAGGGCAGCCAGGCCGUGAUCGCUGCCCUGCUGCCCAAGUUGGCGACCAUCCGGCAGACCGAGCCGUUGAUCCUCACGGUGCAGGUUCUGUGGGCCGUGGCAAGACGCGGGGAUGGCAAGGUGGUGCGCGCCCUGUGCGGGUUGCUUCAGACGAGUGAGGAUCCUGGGGUGCGGCAAGAGGCCGCGAGAGGUCUCGGAAAGUUAGGUGCCCCCAGGGACGAAGGGGACGCGCCCAACAAGCACACGGAGACGUGCGUGGCCGCCCUCUGCGCGGUCUUGGGUCGGGCCACAGAGCUGCCGGUGAUGGAUCCCAAGGGUCUGAGGGCAGAGGAGAUGCGGCGCGAGGAGGAGAAGAGGGCCCGUCUGGAGGCGGAGCUGCUCGCGGCGGCGGAGGCGGCGGCGGCUCAAGCCAAGGAGGAGGGGGACGGACAGCCGGAGGGCGGAGAAGACGACCAGGACGAUGAUGGCGAUGACGAUGACGAGGAUGCCUUGCUUGAGGUCGGGGAUGCGCCGAAGCAGGCAUCCAGCCGGCCGGCCAGUCGCACAGCCAGUCGGCCAGCCAGUCGGCCGGCCAGCCGGCCGGCAAGCCAGCUGGCCAGUCCGGCCAGUCGGACAGCUAGUCGGCCGGCCAGUCAGCCCGAAGGGAAAGCAACUGCUCCUGACCCCGGCAACGUGUCUGAGGGGGAGGGGGAAGGACCUGAGGAUCUGCCCCAGCCGCCGGAGGGGGAGGAGGAGGAGGAGCAGGAGGAGGAUGAGGAGGUGGAGCCAGCCGAUGAGCCCUGGCCCCCGGAGUCCAUGGUGGAUCGGUACCCGCACCUUUGCUUCGACCUCUUCUUCGAAUUUGAGCCCGCAUGGAAGGACACCGACCCGGGCGUGCGCCUCGAGGCCCUGGGCGCCCUGGAGUCGCUGGCCGCGCGAGGCGACCGGCGUGCCCUUGGGGCGCUGCUCCUAUCUCUCAGAGACGAGGAUUCCGAGGUGUGUUCGCAAGCUAUGCAAAGCUUCAUGUCUCUGUAUGAGCACGUGCCUGGCGAUCUUGCUAUUGUCAUCGCCGUGGCUCAGAUGAUGAUGGCGGGAAGCAACGUGUAUGGCAAUAGCAACAGCCGCAAGGCAGCGCUCCAGGCGCUGGUUUCGGCGUCCGGCGGCAGCAACAGGGCUCUGGCUGCCGUACUCUCGCGACACUUGGAGGCCCUCCGGGAGCAGGGCACGCUGGAAGCUGCGGCGGCGGAGCGUUUGUUGCUGCUCGAGGCCCUCAGCAGAACUGUGCCCGAGGAGCUGCAAAUGCACUUGGCCGACAUCUUGCUGAUCAGCCUUCUCGACCAGUCAGUCGAGGUGCGACUGCUGGCUCUGCGGCACCUGGCGCCCAUGGGCCCCGACUCGCCGCGCGUGCGCGGCGUGUCCGACUGCCUUCGAGACAAGCAGCCGGCAGUCAAGUCGUUGGCUGCAGAGGUCCUGCAAGCAUGGGGCCACGAACCGCGAUGCGAUCCGCGGGCGUACAACUCCCGAGGGAACAAGUACCGGCUGGAGGCUGAGCUCAUGGAAUUCCAGUCCUAG